AUGCUAAAUGUUAGCAUCUCUGCAAACUUUGACACUGAAGUCACCGAGGAGAAAUACCUUCUCUUCUCUGUCAAGAGGCAAAGCAGCAACACCCAGGAACAGCAGAGGCACAGCAGUGACACCCAGGAACAGCAGAGGCAGAGCAGCAACACCCAGGAACAGCAGAGGCAGAGCAGCAACACCCAGGAACAGCAGAGGCAGAGCAGCAACACCCAGGAACAGCAGAGGCACAGCAGUGACACCCAGGAACAGCAGAGGCAGAGCAGCAACACCCAGGAACGGCAGGCUGAGCAGAGAGAGCAGCAACACCAAGGAAUAGCAGAGAUAGAGCAGCAACACCCAGGAACAGCAGAGGCACCUCAGAAACACCUAGGGACAACAGAGGCAGAGCAGCAUCUAGAAACAGCAGAGGAAGUUACGGACAGCAGUGAGAUCCCGCAGUGGUUGUCACAGGAGAAAGUGGAGAUUGCUAGUAAGCAGAGGUCCUCCUGCAUUAUGCACCUUGGCUUUGAUUCCCUGUGGCUUUGUUUUUGUGAUGAAAGCUUUGAUGGGAUCCCAUUCGGCACUGGGAAUUUGGCUGUUUGUUGUUGGUUAGUUUAUCAGCAUCAGGCAGACAUGCUUACAGAGCUUCAGUAA